AGAUCUUAGAUGUAAAAAGGAAUGAAGAUAAUGAGAAUAUAACUGUUAGAUUAUCACUUGUUGAUCUAGGGGAGGAGAUUGAACUAACAUCAUUGGAUGAUGUUUUCCACUUAGAUCAAUAUUUUGUUGACCAUAGUCCCAGGUUGGCAGUUUGUUGUCAGUUGGAUGGGGUUGAACCACUUGCAAACAACGACUGGUCAACAGAAGCGUUAAAUUAUUUUAUGGCUAAGAUGAAAAGCGAUGAUUUAAGUGCCUUUUUAUCGUCUAAGUACAAACUAGAUGAUUGUAUUUGUGGAACCAGAGAAAAUCCUCUUUUGAUCAGUCUGUUUGAAAUAAACGACGAAUCAUGCAUAUCAUUCAUUUCAGUACAGAUGUGUGACAUAGGUCUUGCACAACUUUCAAAAAUCACGUUGGAAGAAGAAGUAACGGCCAAUAAUUUGUCCACAUGUUUGCUAAAUGGAAUGGAACGGGAGAAUAGUAAAGAUAAAUUUUCCAAUGAAGGUUUGCCGUCAGAAAUCUCCAAAUUCAUGCAAGAUGGGAUGAAUGAUGAAUACUUGUCUUACCGCAACAGCUACCUGGUCGACAUGGAUAACCCUGGGGUUGCCACCGUUAGUUACGAGGCUAAAGAUGAGAAACGAGUUUGUAAAUAUUUCGACAAAGCAGGUGGAUGCUGGUGGGGACAUUUCUGCAAAUAUGAGCACACCAGAGCCCAGCCGACCUCCGUGACAGCUGACCGCCAGCUGCUGUUUUACGAGAAUUUCAACCUAGCAGUCAUCGAAUUAGUGGAGAGUGAGUGGUAUUAUGUUAGCAUAUCGGUCAUGGUCAAUCCGCAAAAAUUUUUUGUGGUGCUUCCCUUCGCGAACGUGGCAGCGGAACAAGUAACUCUUCGUGGUGAAUCUCCUCUGCAAAUGCUGAUGGAAAGUUUGAACUCUUGUUACAACAGCAAGAUAUACCAGGAUCACGAUUUAACGUUGUACAAUAUUGGCGAACUUGUAGUGGCGCGGUCUCAGACGUUUGAACUCUGGCACAGGGCUAGAGUACUGGAACAUUAUUCGCAUGAGGAAGAUCUCUGUCAGGUAUAUUACGUCGAUUAUGGGAACACUGAAGUAAUCCCUAUCAACCGCCUACGGUGCAUUGAACCGCAGUUUAUUGAAAUACCCUAUCAAGCCAUUCAGUCUUCUUUGCCUAUUAUGCCUGCAGAUUCUUUGUCCUGGAGUCAGCAGGCCAUUGAUUAUUUUGCAUCUCUUGUGACUGAUAGAUAUUGCCUUGCUCAAAUAAACAGAUCUCACAGCUUUAGAGACUUCCCCUGUGAAAUGUAUCUCUACACAUUAACGUCUUCAGAAAACAUUUGUGACUUGAUGGUAGAAAGGGGCUAUGCCAAAUAUUGCAGUUCGCUCAACAGUUUUUCACAAAAUUCUUUUUCGGAUGAUGUGGCUUGUGAAAGUCCACUUGAAAGUGCUAAAUUUUGGCCUGGCUAAAUUCAACUUGCAGUAUUAUUUUUUUAAACUCUAAAAUAUUUUGAAAAACUCUUAAAAAUAGUUUUUAUUGAAAAACUGUGUUGUAAAGAAAUUUUUGGAAUUCUUUGUAAAAUUUAGCGCGUUUUCUAGGCUGCAUUAUAUUAAGCGAUUAUAAUUAUUUUCCUUAUAUGUGUUAGCUCUGCAUAUUUUUAUAAGGUUGGAGAAACUUUGAUAGAUUUAUUUCAUACCUUGUCUGUGAGUUUUUAAUUAGAAGUGAUUAAUCAACGACCAUUUUUGAUUUUAAGCAAUAUUUUUCAAAAAAUGUGUUAAUACAAAGCCGAGAACAAUGGUAGUUUAAUUUUUUUAUCAAAUCAAACAAUUAUGUUUAGAUUAAAUUUUAUUAAUAAACGUAACUGAACUCAUAAAAAUACGUUUUUUACUAUCAAUUUGCUGUAAAUAAUCUGU